GGUGGGAAUCGAAGGGAAAUUCAGCGCGGCGCCAGCAUCGACCGUGCUGCAUCACUGGCGCGCUGAGGCUGAGGCGGGACUACUGCAGCUCCUGGACUACUGAGAUGAACUGGUGAUGGUGCUAAACACCCUGUCGGUGGCCGUGGUGUCGCUGUUGACGUUGCUGUCCCCGGGGGAGACGAAUCCUGACGCCAAGAGGUUGUACGAUGACCUCCUCAGCAACUACAACCGCCUCAUCCGACCCGUCAGCAACAACACGGACACGGUGCUGGUGAAGCUAGGACUCCGCCUUAGUCAGCUUAUAGAUCUGAAUCUGAAGGACCAGAUCUUAACGACAAACGUCUGGCUUGAACAUGAGUGGCAAGAUCACAAGUUCCGGUGGGACCCGGCGGAGUACGGUGGAGUUACAGAGCUGUACGUACCUUCGGAACACAUCUGGCUUCCGGACAUCGUGCUGUACAACAAUGCGGACGGCGAGUACGUAGUGACGACGAUGACCAAAGCAGUUCUCCAUCACACAGGCAAGGUGCUAUGGACGCCACCCGCCAUCUUCAAGUCUUCCUGUGAGAUAGACGUACGAUAUUUCCCCUUCGAUCAGCAAACCUGCUUCAUGAAGUUCGGCUCAUGGAGCUACGACGGUGACCAGAUCGAUUUAAAACAUAUCAACCAGAAGCUCGGGGAGGACAAGGUGGAGAUUGGUAUCGACCUAAGGGAGUACUACCCCAGUGUCGAGUGGGAUAUUCUGGGCGUCCCAGCUGAGAGACAUGUCAAGUUCUACACCUGUUGUAACGAGCCAUACCCAGACAUUUUCUUCAACAUCACCCUCCGCCGGAAGACCCUCUUCUACACAGUGAACCUGAUCGUCCCCUGUGUGGGCAUCUCCUACCUGUCAGUGCUGGUGUUCUAUCUCCCGGCCGACUCCGGUGAGAAGAUCGCCCUCUGCAUCACCAUUCUCCUGUCGCAGACCAUGUUCUUCUUGCUCAUCUCCGAGAUCAUCCCCUCGACCUCACUAGCGCUGCCUCUCCUCGGCAAGUACUUGUUGUUCACCAUGUUGUUGGUGGGACUCUGCGUCGUCAUCACUAUCAUGGUGCUGAAUGUUCACUACCGCAAGCCGAGCACUCAUAAGAUGGCCUCGUGGGUCAAGAAGAUCUUCAUCCGCAGACUCCCCAAGCUGCUGCUAAUGCGGGUGCCGGACCAACUCCUCGAGGAGAUGGCGCACAAGAAACGCGUUCACAGGGACAACAAGAGGUCUCGUCUAAACGCGGCCAUCGCUGCCGCCAACUCCUCGGGGGCGUCCUCCCCUGACUCCAUGAGGCACUUCCCUCCACGGCCGGGUGGCUGCAACGGUCUACACUCAUCCUCCACCACCAACAGGUUCAGUGGUUUGAUUGGAGCCCUGGGAGGGUCUGGGUACAACGGAUUGCCCUCUAUGGUCGGGCUAGACGACAGCAUCAGUGACAUCGCCGUCAGGAAAAAGUAUCCGUUCGAGUUGGAGAAAGCCAUUCAUAACGUGACCUUCAUACAACAUCACAUGCAGAGGCAGGACGAGUUUGACGCGGAGGACCAGGACUGGGGUUUCGUCGCGAUGGUUCUAGACAGACUGUUUCUCUGGAUCUUCACCAUUGCCUCCAUCGUCGGUACCUUCACCAUCCUCACCGAGGCCCCCUCGCUCUACGACGACACUCAGCCCAUUGACGUAAAGCUCUCGUGGGUCUACAAAAACCAGUUUCUUCCAGAUGUCGACUUCGAUUCUCGACUUUAAAAAUUUAAUCUUUUGUGUACUUUCGUAAACUCGUUCUAGUUAUCGUUAAAACAUGUCGAUGUCGAAAUGCGUGUGAUCCAACCGUCUUCUAUUAUACAUAGUUUGGUCUUUUA